CUGGAAUCCUCGCCGGCGUAAACAAAAGUUGAAUGAAGGAAGCUUCUUUUUGAUAUGCGGUAAGAAGCAAUCAUCGUUCGUUCAAUCAAAAACUAAGAAGGGCUAACUACAUAUCAAUGGAAGCUGAAGAUGACCUCUUCGAUGGUAAUUAUACUCCCUAUACCAAGAGGAAAGUUGAAAGCUUCUUUGGUCUCUUCUGCGUUAUGAGAAAGAGAAUUCGUGGGGACAUCUCUGUUGAUGAUGAUAUGUCUUAUUCGGACGCAGAGGAGGGUGAUGAUGACUUUUGCUGCAGUGACAGUGACACAGACCUGUCUGAAUGUUCAGAGUUUGAUAUUAUAUUACAAGACAAUGGUUUAAUUGAGUCUGAGUCUCUGUCUACAUGCAACUCUCCUUGUCUCAGUGAGGAUCAUAAGAUUGGUUUUGAAACCUCUUCAAUGCCUUUAAAGAAAACCCUUGAAGGACCUGGUAGGCCAUUGUCAGUGUGUGGAUCUGUAGUCGCAGUCAGAAACAUACCUUUACUGGGAGAUAGUAAUGGUAAGGAUGCAGAGAUUUCUCAAACUAUGUACAAGGAAGAAGAUGUUGAUGAUGAAGAUGAGAUGUCUUUUUCUGAAAUUGAUGCAAUGAUACGCAGAUUGAAUCUGAUCCCGGAUGAUGAAUCAGAUUCAUUCUUAGAUUUGGAAGAACGGAACAAGUCUAAGCAUCCAAGAUAUACAUUACUUGGACUGGAACACUGCUCAGUGACUUCAAUUCCGAGAGGGAUUAUUUCUCAAGGGGCAAUAGCUGUCCUUCACGGUCGUGAUUUGAAGCAUUUUAUUAGGAAACACGAGGUAAUUAUUGGGAGAUCAUCUGAUGGAAUGAAUGUGGACAUUGACUUGGGUUUAUAUGGUUAUGGGAGUAAGAUAUCUCGGCGGCAGGCAUUGGUGAAGCUAGAGAACAACGGAUCAUUCUCUCUAAAGAACCUUGGAAAGCGACAUAUCCUUGUAAAUGGGGAGAAGCUCAGUACAGAACAGAUUGUAUCCCUCACAUCAUGUAGCUCAGUCAACAUUAGAGGAGAAGUCUUUGUGUUCAAGAUUAACAAAGAAGCAGUGAGACAAUUCUUGAAGAACAACACACGGAGAAACAACAAAGACGACACCAAGUUCAGAUGGGUCGAAUAGAUUAUUGUUAGUACCUUUUGCUCUACUCGCCUCUGCAUAGUCUUAUUCACCCACC